CUUAUACCAUGCAUUGAAUUAGUUUAAGAGUUUUCUGCAACUAGAGCUGUCUUAAUUCAAUUUUUUUUUCCCUCCUUUAUAAAUAAGUAUGAAGAUAGACUGGAGUAUGAUGUUACGGAAAGUGAGAGCAACGUAAAAUAGGAACCGUUCUCUCUUUGCAAAUGCUUACGAUGUGUGUUCUCAUCGUGUUCCCGACAUGCUCUCAAAACUUUUAUUUUUUUUUAGCUAAACCUAACUAUACACUCUGGUUCCAGUAAAUGAAUGGUACAUGAGUCUCUGUUUCCGCUAAAAAAUCAUUCCAACGAAUUGUUUCAAGGAUUUUCAUUUUGGGUAACCAUAAUGUUCUUGGGUAAAGCCUGAAACGAACACAAUUGAGCCUUACAGAUCACUUUUCUUUUUGUAACGACCUUGGCAGGGCGACUAUACGUACUAUAUCGGCUCUUUUUUUCGACUAACUAUUUUGCGAGUGUCUAUGAGGCACGUUGGACCCCGGUAAUUGUAAGUAUAUAAAGCUAGUUUUUGCAGCAACAGUUUUCAAGUUAUUCUUCAUUUCUUUGUGCUGGAAAUCUCAUAAUGAUUAAGAAGUUGGUCAUUUUGGGUGAUUCCUUUACCCAGAAAGGCUUUACACCCGGAGGGUAUUGUGCGGAAUUAACAAAUUUCUAUCAGAGACGAUUGCGGGUCGAGGCCUGGGGCUUAUCCGGAUACACAUCGAGACACGUUUUACGUUACUUUCCUGAGCUACACAUCAAUCCGCAGGAGACGGAAUUAUUAAUUGUUUUUUUGGGUGCAAAUGAUUGUCAAGUUGGACCAAAUGGAUUCUUGACUUCGCCGGACGAGUUUCGAAGCAAUAUCACUGCGCUACUGGAUACGUUCCCUACCUCAAAAAAGAUUGUUAUUUCUCCGCCCAUCUCGACAAAGCUUAUUAGUUAUGAGAGAGUUCAAAAACCAUUUGUUGACGAAAUUUACAAAAUUGCUAAUGCUCGUGACGACACAGUAGCAAUUCACUUUUAUGAAGAGAGUCAGACGCAUCCGACACCGGAGUUGCUGUUUUGUGAUGGCUUGCAUCUUACUGCAAUGGGUAACUCAUUGCUUUUUCGUCUGAUAGUGGAAUGCAUUCAGCGGAAUUACCCAGAGCUAUUGCCUAAAAACAUCCCUCUGUUUUUGCCCUAUUUCGAAGACAUUGUGCUGACUUAAACACAAAGCCCUAAGACAUAUUUUCCUGUUGCCCUUCAUAAACAGCACUGGCCGUUAAUGCGACGGUAUAUCAUCAUUACAGAUUUAAUUGCGGCGUGCCUUUGUUUUGCGAUUAGAUUGUUUCAGGUAUACAGAGAGUACGUGGCCUUAGUAAAACUGUUAGUAAUGGAGCCAUGAACGCAACGAAUUGACCGAUGAAGGGAAAAAGAAAACAACAAAUGUGUUCGUGGUAGCCGGGCAACCCUCUAUAAACAUACCAUCUGCAGUAAUACCGUUAAACUGUUCGACCACCUUGUUGCAACUGGCAAGUGUAGUAAAGCGGACGAAAGCACGCACUUUUCCUUGGGAAUCAUUAACUUGGCAAUUCAUAAUCUCGCCAAAACUAUUCACCGUAGCCACAACGUCGUCCGACGACGUGCCGGGAGCCAAAUUCUCCAAGACCACUGUAGUAGGACCGGCGCUACCUUUGAUAGAAACGGAGCUGCCAGCAGUUUUGAAACUCAUUUUAUUCUUGUUUGUGCUGCCGUUAGGCGACGAGGGUGUCGAACGUCGAUUCGUUCGUCCAGCAGGAACGUUUAAACGUUGAUAGAGCUCAUUCUUAACGAGUUUGUUGUUCGAAUCGGUUUUUGAGUUUCCGGAUAUACGGGCAGCAAGCUAAAUGAUUAUGCUUGUUAAUGUACAACGUCUUAAAAUGAAGAAGGCAAAAUGAUGCGAGAAAGAAAGCAACAACCUUCUGACAGAUGUACGUACAGAGUUCUGACCAUUUGUUUUUCCAACUUUUCCUCCAACAACAUGUGAACCAAGAAAAAGUGCUGUAACAGACACAGUUAGUUUUAAGACGUUCAAGUUUGUGUCAUACGCUUGUUUUUCUGAACUUUUUUUGCUUUUGCCAUUUUCUACGACUUCAAUAAAUUGCAAAAGAUGAAGGUAUGAGACGGCUUUUAAUGACGGUACGUGGGUUAUAUAAUCUGCUAAUCGCUUAAGAAAUGGUCAACUCUAUGAAGGCAGUGGAAACCUUUCUCGUUGAAAUGGCUGGUACACACGAGGGUGCGCUCUCAUUCAUAAAAAAGCGUUGAUCAUUUUUUGGUGGUAACUUAUAACGGAAUUUAACGCGUUAUAGGGAAUUAUUUUAAGGUUUCAUGUGCUGCAGCUGCUGUUUGUUUGAUACGUUGUAGAUAUAAACCUUAAACAUUACAAGCAUUUUUAUCUGAUGAUUGAUACUAAGUCUGUCAAUGGGCAAAUGCUGCUGCUUUCGCCAAAACUGCCUUAGUUAAGUAUUUA